GUGACAACCCACCGCCGAAUCGCCAAAUUUCUGGAUGGAAUUGGGGGUGAGAUGGCAAUUAGAACCGGUGAGGAUCCAAGAGGGCAAAUCGACAGAAGUAGGGGGUGACAAUCACCCCUUGCAUGUCUUCUUUUCUUCUAUCAAGUGACGGCAACGGACACCGAGGAAGGCAUGGCGACGGCGACGGACAACGAGGAAGCAGGGGACAGAGAUGGCGAUGGACAAUCGAUCUUCACUAGAGCAAGCCAACAACGACCCUCUUCUCCUUCUUGGCCUUUGUUCGCUGAAUCUCGACUAUCGUCGCUUUCUUAUCGGCGGAGGAGAACCAAAUCGCCGCUUUGUGACCUUGGAUCUGGAGGAUACAAGGAAAGGAAGAAAGGGGGAGAGGCGGAGAGCGGCUAGGGGAGAGGGAGAGACAAAGGCGCCUUAUUGUUUUUCGAUACGGGUUAGCGAUGGAGGAGGGAGAAGAAGGGAACGGAGAAGAAGGGAGAGACUGGCGAGAGGAGAGGGAAAAUCUUGUUGUCUUGGACGAGGAAGAGGAAGAGAGUGGGGGUUGCAAACUUGCAGUGGGAGACUAAAGGGGUGAGAAGUCGGUUUUUCGGUGAACCGAGUUUAUCUCGGUUACUUCACUCGCGGUUUUCGGUUAGAAUUAUAACCCAAAUCUGCCAACCGACGCCGACACCGGCGUACUGUUAUCGGUUUUUGGUUUGGUCUUUAACCGACGGUUCGGUUGUUCGGUUAAACCGUAUAACCGGCAACCGAUUAUCACCCCUACAUGUCGUUGCAACGUCCCCUCCGACCACUGCGGGGCAAUCAUCCUCUCCCCGUCGGAGCCCUCUCGCCGCCCUUCGUCUCCCACCACUGUCGCCGUCGCGAGGUCACCCUCUUCCCCUACCUCUCUCUCCCGUCACCGACUCCCUUUUUCUAGAUCUGAUUUUUUAGUGGUACCAUUUUUCUUCUGGCAGCGUACCAGUGAUAGUGCUACCUACAACUACCAUCAGGUAGCUAGUAGUGGUAGCGUACCACUACCAUCUGUUUUUUUUUUGUGUUAUUUUCUACUGGUACUGCUACCAAUGUUAAUGGUACGCUAUCAUUAGCUUUGGUAGCGCUACCAGUGCUAGUGGUACGAUACAAUAUGGUAGUGGUAGCGUACCACUAGCACUGAUACAUUUUUUAACGCACUGGUAGCGUACAACUAGCACUGGUAUAUUAAUUACCAGUAGACUAAUAGAUUGGUACACUUUUUAACCCACUGGUACAUUUUUCAGGUUGCCGGAGGGAGUCUGUCGGAGAGAAUUCGCGGGAGAAAAAGUAUGUCCGUCGAUGCGGAGUGACCGCUGGAGAAAGGAAGAGAGAGAUAGAUAUAUAUAUUAAUGUAUAGGAUUUAAAUUAAAAAAAAUUGUAUUUAAUAUGGGUUUUUAAUUCCUAAUAUAAUUAAUACAAAAAGGUAAUUAAUAUAUUUCUUUUUUUUUCAUACCCAAAAUACCCUUGGUUGAAAACCCCCUUAGGGGUUGUUAAAGUAUCCCCGUGAACACUAACUGAUGAAGGAAAUUGAGCAUAGGACCUCUCGUGUGCCAAUUCACCUCACCACUAACUUGAGUUAUUGGCGCUAAGUGAUUAUUGUAAAAAACACCAUUUGAAUUUAUCAAGUUUUCCCAAAUAAUUAUAUCAUGGAGAGAAAAAAAAAACUAACAUCAUCCUUUUAUCUUAUGUAUUCCAAAUAGACCCAACGAAAUCUUGACUAUGCCGCCCCAGAUCCCCCACUUCUGGCUGAUCACACAAAUACAAGAUUUGUAACUAAUCAAACUUAAAAAAUAGAGGAAUUUUACAAUGUUAAAUAGUAUUGGUGCUAUAGAAAUUUUACAAGAUUUGAAAUUGUACCUUUAACGUUAUGGUACAACUUCAGAUUGUGCGUAUACUCUUUUGUAUAAAUUCUUUUAUGGUACAACUUGAACUUGUACCUUUAUGUGAUGGUACAACUUCAAGUUGUGAAGUUAUACCAUAACAUAAUGAUACAAAUUCCUUUACGUACAACCUAAACUUGUACAUUAAAGCACCAAUGCUUUAUAGGAUAGUAAAAGUGAUUAAAAAACAAAGAAAAACCAUUAAUGAGAAGGACAUUUGACUGUUGAUGGCAAUCUGUGGUCAACCCAGAAAACAUCUCGCUCGUCUGACUAGUCUUAUUGGGCUGGGUUCACAACUUCACAUCUUACUAGCUUGUAACCCGACCCGUUGGUCGGAGGAGCUGAGCCGAAUAUUGAAUUAUUGGUAUAACUCGUAGAUUCAACCAUUAAGCUAAAUUGGUCUAAUGGUGAGUAUCGCCUAGCAUAUCCCUAAUAAUCAUACCAAAGUGAAUAUAUUGGAACAUAAACA